GUUAUGGACAGAAAAAAUGGGUAUGGAUUGUGGAUUGAGGAAGUAGCAAGCGGAAUCCGUGUUUCAGAAUCAGAGCAGGAUUUAUAGAGGAAGAAGGGGGAAUUGAAGCUCUGUAAAUUCAAUGCUUCGUAGCCCAUCUCUCAUUGGUUUAUCUCACGGCCAUGGCCACCCUUUGUCAUCACUUGCCCUCUUUUCACUCUCUUUCCCCUCCUAAAAUAACAUCCUCUUUCCAUCCUACGUCAUCCUACUCCGCCCCCAACCGCCGCCACAACUCUCAUUACCCUGCAAUUUCCUAUUCCGUCGUUAAGAAAUCCCCCAGAGCUAGUAGAAAGACAAAGAGCGAUGAAGAGCUUUGCAAUGAUAUCAAAUGCUUCUUAUCCAGCGUUGGACUUCCUCAAAAUCAUGUGCCUACGAUGAAGGAGCUCUCGCUCCAUGGAAGGCAAGAUCUUGCAAACAUAGUCAGGCGUAGAGGAUAUAAAUAUAUUCGACAGCUGUUAGAGCCUUCAUCUACAAAAAACUUCAUUGGAUCAGAUACAGACACAUCUCAUAUUGGGAAUCCUGAGAUACUUGGUGAAAAUGAAAAGCAGAAUGUGUUGUUUGUGGGAGUACCGUCAGAUCUGACUAUAGAGGAAGACACUAAUAGUUUCAUAGGGGAAGAUGAAGGACUCCAGAUAAACGAUCAAAGAUCUCCUGCUGCGGAUUCCUUAUCCUUGCAGGAAAAGGUGGCCAGGUUUAUUCAGCUCGGGGAACUGGAUGCAAGUGAAGAUGGCAAAGGAAGUACCAGUGACGAAAAGGGUGACGAAGAAGGGAAAACAAUUGAAUCUGAAAAUUCUAAUGAACCUGAAUUUGCAUUGAGUAUGUUAAAUGGAAUUUCCACUGCAUCAGCAUUGAAGGUUGAAGAACCAGCAUUAGAAACUAUCACCUCCAGAAAUAGUUAUAUUUCAACAGAAGAACAAACAAAUACUAGUGGUGAGGAUAUGGAUGAUGAGAAACAGAAAGCGGAGAAUCAAUCAUAUAUCAACCAUCUUAGGUUCUUGCUGUAUGAAAAAGAAAGGGAACUGGCCCAAUUGAAGGAGCAGAUUGAAAAGGAAAAGUUGUUCUCAUGGCUUGCUCUAUCUCUUUUGCAUAGUAAAGCAGAAGAAGAAAUAAGCAACACCCACGAACUUAUUUCUGAGAAAGAGACUGAAUUACAUGAAGCAGAAGAAAUAUUUUCUGGACUAACAGAGGUUGAGAUCCAGUAUUCAGGGGAAGCAGAGACUGUGGAGCUAGCAGGCAGCUUUAAUGGCUGGCAUCAAAAAAUUCCAAUGGAAUCACAAUCAACAUCAUCAAGUGUCACUUACCCUACUGAAUCCAGGACAUCUCAAGAUUGGCGAGUGGUGUUGUGGCUGUAUCCUGGAGUUUAUGAGAUAAAGUUUGUUGUCGACGGUGAUUGGAAAAUUGAUCCUGAAAGGGAGACAGUAAGCCGUAAUGGUGUACAUAACAACAUUCUUCGGGUAGAUAGUGUAGAUGAUCCUGCUACUCUGUGAAGUUGGGACUAUAUUCAUAUCUUGAGAAAAAAAUGACUAGGCAGGUAGGAGAUGUCUUCCCUUGAUGAAUAUCUGAUAAUGAUUUUUUUCAUAUACAAGCAUCACUCUACGUAUAAUCAUAUUCCCUUGAACUGCACUCUGCACAUGAAGAAUAUCGCCUAGCACGUGAGAGGGAUGUGUAGUAGCAACAGAAACGCUUAGUCUUGACUCUUGACACUCUCCACUUCUUGAUUUCUACUCUGCGAAUGUGUAUGUGUUUGCUUUGUUA